AAAGAACUUGAGCCCAUGCUAGAAGUGAUCCAAACACCACUGGAUGGUCGCAUGGUAAAUCCCUGGCUGUUGACAACAAGAUGGCAUGAGCAUGUUGCUGGCCAAAACAUCAGACAACUGUGCAGCCUGGUUUCCUUGCCCAAAGCCAAGGAUGGGGACAUUCCUGCAGAACUGAGGGAUGCUGUGGAUGCAUACUAUCAACAGGCCCUCUCUCUCCUAAAUUGCACAGAAGAGCUGGUCCUCCAAAGAUUGAACUCCCCUGACCCAACCAAAAGUGGCAUCUCCAAUACCCCCUUGCACAAGCACUUACAUCAGGCAACCAUGAAGCAAUAUACUGUGCCAGUGGUGGCUCUACUGGCCAUGCUCAUCAGACAAGAAUACAGUGGAAAGCCAUUCUCUGGAUCCAACUCCAAGUUGAUGGAGUUGCUUGCAGUGCUUCGCAUUGACCCAGAGGCCACUGAGGAGGCAGUGCCUCUGAUUCAUGCAUUGCUAUUCGAGAUCUGGAGCACAGCAUGGCAACAUCAAGGGAACAAUGAGAUUGUGGAUCCCACAGAGAGGUGUCUGGCCCUACUCACUCUCAGAGAAGAUGGUGCAUUCAAGGAACCCCAUGAAGUGACCACCAAGAUAGCCAAGUUUGAGUACUGCAUGCGCCUCACUUUCCUCCAGGAGAUCCAUCAUCGUACUCAGUCAGAACCCCAAAGAGAUCAGCUGGAACAUUGCCUGGACAUGGAGAACUUUUUUGUGGAGAAGACUCGCUACACCUUCUCUCGUCUACGUUCCCUACAGCACAGAGCAAGUGCCCUGGCUUAUGAUACCAUGAGCCUUCCCCAAGUCUGGUGGACAGACACCAAGACAUGGCAGACCAUGCUCUACAGAGGGGAGGAGGUCCAGUUUUCUGACCUUUGCAAGGUCUUCCAAGAGGUAGAAGCCAAGCUGGUCCAAGUCUGGGAACAGGACAUCUUGAUGGGACAAGACAUCAGAGUGGGCUAUGACAAGAUGGCAGAUGACUUGGUCAACAAGGAUGUGGGCUAUUCAUUCUUGUCAGACUUGAGAAACCCUCAGCUGACUCAUCGAGACCAAUUGGUCAAGCGAUUCCUUGAAGAUGAGGGUACCUUUGCCCACUUUGCAAUGAUCAGGAAUGGGGCCAUCAUAUGGAACCGAAGCUCCCUCCAAGCAUGGUUGAAGAAGUAUGCAGAGAUGCAAGGCCUCUUGUUGCUGCGAGCACAGAUGCUCAGUGGUGCUCCAAGUCGUGGCACAGAACUGACAGCCAUGACCUAUCGAAACACACAGACACGGCCAACUCGCAACUUGGUGAUUCUUGGCAGGCAUGUCACCCUGCUCUGUCAAUACCUCAAGACAACAGCAUUGACAGGGAAAGACAAGCUGAUCCCUCAUGCCCUGGAUGGCAUCACCAGUGACAUCUUGGUGCAGGACCUGGCCUUGGCACGGCCAUUUGCAGAGAUUGCAGCCAAGGCAUGUUUCCCAGACAAGCCAGAGGUGGUGGAGCUGUAUCGCAACCAUGUCUUUGUCAACUAUGAUCGCCUCUUUGACUCAGAAAACCUAUCUGGUAUUAUGAGCAAGCACACCCUACCCGUCAUGCACUUUGGUCUCACCAUCAAAUCUUGGCGACACAUUCAAACUGCUUGGAAACGAAAGCUUGGUUGUGCAGUGGAGGACAUCAUGGACAUGGACAGGGAAGACAACAUAGAGGCUCUACAGGCAGGCCACAGUCGUUCCACAGAAAACCGGGUGUAUGGCAUCAGUGUUGAGACACUGGCUGGAGCUGCAGAGGACAUCCUACCUGCAUAUCUUAAUGCCAGCAUGGAAUGGCAAAAGCACUGCCAUGUACCACUCAGUGGCCAGUGUACAUCAUACAAGGCAGCAAGGUCACCAUCCAUGCCACCAGCACCUCAACCAGGCCCAGGUGAAAAUAAUGAUAAGCAGCCGGUCACCUAUUCUGUGCCAAUGGCAGAGAUCCAAAGGGCAGUGGCAGAUGCAAUGGUUUCCAGACUACCAUCCACAGAGGAGAUUGCAAACAGAGUCAUGGAAAAGCUGGUACCUGCAUUACAUGGGAUGUUGCAAGAGGUUGUCCAGUCAGCAAUACAACAACAAGGACCAUCUUCAUCAGAGAGCAAGACAGACAAGGGCAAAGGAAGAGAAAGGUGCUCAGAUGAGUAUAACAAUUUAUCAAUGAUGGUGCACAUGCAUAUUCAUGACCAAGGAAAAGGGCAAAUACCAGGGCCCAGCAUAAGUGACCGGUCACUUGUUUUUGAGCAGACCAUGGAAAGCUCUGCAUUGAAUGCAAUGAAGACACUCCUCAGGGACCCAAGUGCUACCUGGAAGUCCAAGGAGCAACACACCUGCAUGUUGUCAGUGCUACAGGGGAAAAUGGACCUCAUAGCAGUGCUUGGCACAGGAGCUGGCAAGUCCAUGUUGGCCAUAGUGCCAAGCAUGGUGCAACCCAACCAAGCAACCAUACUGGUGUUGCCACUCAACUCCCUCAUGCUUGACUAUCGGCGUCGCCUGGAUGCAUUCCAAGUGCCCUACCAAGUCUAUGUGCAAGACAGGCCUUUGAACUCAUCCACCAACCUCAUCCUGGUCACAGCAGACAAGGCAUUGACUUCUCACUGGAGGGCCUCACUAGCAGCUCUCAACCAACAAAAGAAGGUGGCCAGGCUCAUCUUUGAUGAGGCACAUAUCCCACUCAUGACCAAGGGUUAUCGAGUUGCCCUGCAGAACACAUAUCGACUGCGUAGCAUUCCCAUGCAGAUGGUACUGUUGAGUGCUACCCUUCCACCAUCUUGCAUCGAGGAGGCCAGGUCCACCUUUCUCCUGCUGAAAGAGACAGAAGUGGUCAGGCAAUGCACCAACCGGCCAGAGCUAUCUUAUCACUUGUCAAAG